AUGAAGUAUCCCCUUCUGCUAUUAGGAAGCCUGAGUUUGGCUCACGGCCUGGCCCUCUACUACCCGUAUGUGUACACCGCCGAGGGAUCCGCCGUGUUUACGCCCACCCAGCGGCAGUAUAUCGCCAAGGAUCAGUUGGGCCAGUACUCGUAUGGCUACUCGGAACCUCUGUCCAGCAAGCAGGAGACCCACACCCUGGACGGAAUCACCCAGGGCAGCUAUAGCUACCAGGAUGCGACGGGAAAAUUGCAAACGGUUAAAUAUUUGGCCGAUGCCGAUGGCUUCCAUGUGGCAGCCACCAAUCUGCCCAAGGCCGUAGUUCCCCAGGAGUCCCUUGGAUUUGGUCCCAGGAGCGCCUCGCAUCCGGUUCAACAUCCCGUCGAGCAUCCCGCGGUCGGAUCUCAUCCUGUUGCUCCCCAUCCUGUUGGCCAUCAUCCCGUCGAGGCGCCACAUCAUCCCACUGUCGUGGAGAGCGGCCGAAGUGCCAACCAGCCAGAGGGACACCAUCCGGUGGAGCAUCAUGAGCAUCCCAUUGUCGGUUCACAUGGUGUCCACCCCCAACUGCCUCAUCCGGUGACUGAUACCGUGGAAGUGGCUGCCGCCAAAUCUCUUCACCUAAAACGCGUCGAGGAUGAAGCGGUGCGCAACCAGGUGCUGGCCAAGAUCCCGGUUUCAGUGGCCCGCAGCCACCAUGUGAUGCAGUUCCUCAAUCUUUGCCUGAUUUUCACCACCAUCGCCUUGGCCGCCGGAUCACCUAGUCUGGAGUAUGGAGCCCCACCAAGUUCGGAUACGAUCAGUCAGUAUCACACCCAGGAUGAGCAUGGUCAGUAUGCCUAUGGCUACAUGGCUCCACUGUACUCCAAGCACGAAACCCGCACCUUGGAUGGGGUAAUCCGGGGCACCUUCUCCCAUGUGGACGCCAAUGGCGAGACCCAGACGGUGGACUAUGUGGCCGACGCAGAGGGCUUCCAUGUGACCUCCAGUCUGCCCAACCAGCAGGCCAAUAAGGAAACCCCCGAGGUGGCUGCUCUGCGGGCUCAGCAUCUGGAAGCCCACAAUCAGGCCAAGUUGAGGUUAGCCGGCGACUCGUCCUUUGGCCCGCAGCCUGUUCAGGAUACUCCCGAGGUGGCGGCCGCCAAAGUGGCAUUCUUCAAGCGUUUCGAAGCCGAGAAGCUGCGCAAUCAAUUGCUCGCCGAGAAGAAGGUCCUGGUGAUAGCACCACCAUCUCCCAUCGGCGUGCGUUCCCAGCCGGUUUAUGUAUAUCAGCCCACCGCCACAGGAUUCGUCUAUAAUUAUCACACCAAGAGCCAGUCCCCAGUUCCCUCCAGGAAUUACCUGCCAGUGGCCUAA